AUGCCUCCAUGUUCCUUUUCUGCAUUUCGCCCAACACCCGCUCUGCUGAUAGCCCCGCGCAGCAGCCUCCUCCUCCCCGGCUCACCGCCUCCGGCCACCUCCGCCUGCGCCACCGCCCCCCAAUGGAACGCCGCCAUCAGAGACCGCCUCGACUCCGGCCUCCCGGCGGCGGCCGUCUCCGCCUUCGCCGCCAUGCUCCGCGCCGGCGCCCGCCCGGACGGCUUCACGCUCCCGCUGCUCAACCGCGCGGGGGCCUCGCUCGCCGCCGCUGGCCUCGUCGGGGCCGCCCACUCGGUCGGCGUCCGGACCGGAUUCGCCCUCAACCUGUACUUCUGCAACACCCUCGUCGACGCCUACGUGAGGCACGGCGCGGUCGCCUCCGCGCGGCAGCUGUUCGACGAAAUGACUGCAAGGGACGCGGUUUCUUGGACGUCGCUGAUCUCUGCCUAUGCUGGCACAGGCGACGGACGGGGGGUUUCCGGAUUGGUGACCAAGAUGCGGAUGGACGGGUGCGAGCCGAGCAUGGUGACGCUCGCCGUCCUGCUUCGUCUGUGUACUGCCGAGAGGGACGUUCCUGGGGGGAGACAGCUACACUGUCAUGCGGUGAAGAGCGGUUUAAGUGAAGAGCCGCUGGUUCUCAACUCAAUAUUGACGCACCUGAGCAGGACGGCGACUGGCUUGGGCGACGCGGUGAGGCUGUUCGAGCUGUCCCCAGGAGGAAGAGAUGCGGUUUCCUGGAACAUUAUAAUCUCGGAGUAUUCGUCGCAGGGGAACGUUGCUCAAGUCAUUGACAUGUUUGAGAGGAUGAGAAGAGAGGAAGUGUGUCCAACCUGCCGGACCUUAACUGCCCUGGUUGCUGCAUUUGCCAAGCACAGGUGUCUUGAGCAAGGAAAAAGGCUCCAUUGUUUCGUAAUUAGGAGCGGGCUUAGUGAUCCAGUCUUGGUGGCAUCCUUUCUGGAUUUCUAUGCUAAAUGCUGUGAAAUGGAAUCUUCCACCAAGUUGUUUGAAGAAUUCCGGGGAAGAGCCAGCUGCAUAUGGUCAGCCAUGAUGUGGGGUCUCAUCCACCAUGGGCACUUCUUACAAGUAAUCCAUCUGUUUGAGCGGAUGCUGAACUCUCAGCUAGCUAUCAACGCUGACAUGCUUCAAGGGCUGGUCAUCAGUUACAUGGAAUUAGGUGCUUCGCGGCUAGGUAAAUCAGCUCAUGGAUACAUCAUACGAAACAGCCAUGCUGGUGCGCAAUAUGAGAAUACUUGUUACUUGGAGACAUCCAUUCUCAAAUUCUAUGCUAGAUGCGGGAACAUCUGUUUGGCACGCCGGUGCUUCAACAAGAUCCAGCAGAGAGACAUUGUCGCAUGGGGUUCAAUAAUUGAAGCGUACGCGAUUCAUGGCAAUGGCAGGGAAGCUCUGGCAUUGUUUGACCAAAUGCUUGCGGAAGGAGUAAUGCCAAACGGAGUGACCUUCCUGAGCUUGCUGUCGGUGUGUAGUUACUCAGGGCUUGUUAGUGAAGCCCGUGCAUUGUUUGAUUGCAUGAUUACGAAGUUUGGCAUCGCACCGGAGCUAGGCCACUACACUUGCAUGGUGGACAUUCUUGGCCGUUCGGGUGACCUAGAUGAAGCUGCCCAAGUGAUCAGUGGCAUGAAUGUUAAGCCAGACGGAAGAAUUUGGGGUGCUCUCCUUGCAUCAUGCAGAACACAUUCGAAUGUCGAGCUGGCAUCUUUUGCAGCUCAGAAACUUAUGGAGUUGGAACCAGAUAAUGUUGGCUACCAUGUGGUGUAUAGUAAUGUGCAAGCAGGCAGUGGUGAUAGAUGGCGCGAGGUGGAGCAUAUUAGACGCUCGAUGGCAGAGAUGGAUGUGCCGAAGGUGCCUGCUUGGAGCUGUGUUGCUGACACUGGUAGCCCAUGA